GCGGCGGCGGCGGCGGCAUUCACCGGGCGGCGGCGGCGCGGGCUCUGGCACGGGCUUGGGCUCCGGCAUGGUGCAAGCGAGCCUCGUCCCGGGAGAGCGGGGCCCGCGCGCGGGACCGGCGCCCGCGGAGCGGCGGCAGCGGCAGUGGCGGUGGUGGCUGCGGGCACAGACAGGCGGCAGGUGCUAGAAGCUGGGCUGGGCGAGGUGUGUGCCCGCUGGGCUCCCGGGCCGCCGCCCCCUCACUGCCUGAGUCUUUGCCUCCCUCCGUGCUCGCCAGUUCGUCCAGCCCGCUGCCUCCGCGCCCCGGCCCAUGGCGCCCCGUGGUUGAGUCGGCGCCGCCAGGGACCCCUCCCGCGGGCCUCCCCGGGGCGCGCAGAUCUCAGAGCCGCGCGCCCACCCUCCGCGGAGCCUCCCUCCCUGCCUCGCCCGAGCCGGGCGGGACCAUGGCUGCGAAGCUGCGAGCGCAUCAGGUGGACGUGGACCCGGACUUCGCGCCGCAGAGCCGGCCGCGCUCGUGUACCUGGCCUCUGCCGCAGCCGGACUUGGCCGGCGACGAGGACGGGGCGCUGGGCGCAGGAGUGGCCGAGGGCUCCGAGGACUGCGGGCCGGAACGCAGGGCGACGGCCCCAGCGAUGGCCCCAGCGCCGCCGCUGGGCGCGGAGGUCGGACCGUUGCGGAAAGCGAAGAGCUCCCGACGGAACGCGUGGGGGAACCUUUCCUACGCCGACCUCAUCACCAAAGCCAUCGAGAGCGCCCCGGACAAGAGACUCACGCUCUCGCAGAUCUACGACUGGAUGGUCCGCUACGUGCCCUACUUCAAGGAUAAAGGCGACAGCAACAGCUCGGCCGGCUGGAAGGCCUUCCCACAAAGGGUUAACAGUCCUCUCUACCUGCAGUUGCAUUUUAAAGACACGAAAUUAAAGCAGAACUCCAUCCGGCACAACCUGUCGCUGCACACUCGGUUCAUCCGCGUGCAGAACGAGGGGACUGGCAAAAGUUCAUGGUGGAUGCUGAACCCCGAGGGCGGAAAGACGGGCAAGACCCCGAGGCGCCGGGCCGUGUCCAUGGACAACGGAGCCAAGUUCCUGCGCAUCAAGGGCAAGGCGAGCAAGAAGAAGCAGCUGCACCUGCCAGAGCGGAGCCCGGACGACAGCCCUCCGGGCGCACCGGCUCCAGGGCCCAUGUCAGCCUCCGCCAAGUGGGCCGCCAGCCCGGCCUCGCAUGCCAGCGACGACUACGAGGCGUGGGCUGACUUCCGCGGCAGCGGGAGACCCCUGCUCGGGGAGGCUGCCGAGCUGGAGGACGACGAGGCCCUGGAGGCCCUGGCACCCUCCUCGCCACUCAUGUACCCAAGCCCCGCGAGCGCACUGUCGCCCGCCCUGGGCGCGCGCUGCCCGGGCGAGCUGCCGCGUCUAGCCGAGCUGGGAGGUCCGCUGGGCCUGCACGGUGGUGGCGUGGCCGGGCUACCGGACGCCCUGCUGGACGGCGCGCAGGACGCGUACGGGCCGCGGGCACGCGCCGGGACCCCCUCCUACUUUGGCGGCUGCAAGGCGAGCGCCUACGGCGGGGGCGGGGGCUUCGGGCCGCCUGCUCUGGGCUCGCUGCGCCGCCUGCCCAUGCAGACCAUCCAGGAGAACAAGCAGGCCAGCUUCGCGCCGGCCGCCGCGCCCUUCCGCCCCGGGGCGCUGCCCGCGCUGCUGCCGCCGCCUCCGCCCGCGCCGAGGCCCGGUCCGCUGCUGGGCGCGCCCGGGGAGCUGGCGCUGGCGGGCGCGGCCGCCGCUUACCCAGGCAAGGGAGCGGCCCCGUACGCGCCGCCGGCGCCCUCGCGCAGUGCCUUAGCCCACCCCAUCAGCCUUAUGACGCUGCCCGGCGAGGCGGGCGCCGCCGGCUUGGCCCCGCCGGCCCACGCCGCAGCCUUCGGGGGUCCGCCUGGCGGCCUCCUGCUGGACGCGCUACCUGGGCCCUACGCGGCCGCAGCAGCCGGGCCUCUGGGUGCAGGACCGGACCGCUUCCCGGCCGACCUGGACCUCGACAUGUUCAGCGGGAGCCUAGAGUGUGACGUCGAGUCCAUCAUCCUCAACGACUUCAUGGACAGCGACGAAAUGGACUUCAACUUCGACUCAGCCCUGCCUCCGCCUCCCCCAGGCCUGGCUGGGGCGCCGCCCCCUAACCAGAGCUGGGUGCCGGGCUGAGGGCCGCCCCGCGCGGCCUGGGUGCCCCGGUCCUGUUCCCAUGGGGCCUCUGUCUUCCCAUCCCGACCCCCGGGUUCCCACUCCCCCGACCUAGCUCCACUGGAGGAUCCAGGAGGCAACCCCAGCCCAGCUGGAGACAUCCCUCCGAGCUGAGCGCAGAGGGAGGUGGGAAGGAGCGGCUGGGACACCUUGCCAGUCCUGUCCGAACUCCUAAGACCUCCUGCUGGGGCUGGAGGCCUGGGAGAGAUGGCUGAGGUCCGGCUAGGUGGGAGUGGGGAAGAGCAAGGCGGAUGGCCCACUGUGGAUGCUUACCCUGGAAGCCCCCUACGAAGUGGGGAAAGGGCAUUUCUGAAUCUUCAGUUCCUAUUGCUGGGUCCUUUGUGACGCUUAGGCCACCCAACUCCAAUCUGAUUCUCAAAUGACACUUUCCCUCACUGGCCAUAGACCCACCACACGAAGCCAGCAACCCUCUCGUUCACACCUAUCUUGGUCAUCCAUUCCGCUCAGUCCUCUGGUCCUCAGCUACCUACCCUCUGGUUCAGUCUCCCAUCUUAACCAGUCCUGACACCUCCUCUCUCCUGUCAGCCAACCCCACACUCCUUCAGUACUGGUCACAGCCUCUCCAGCGGGCCUCAGUUCCAGAUCCAUCCCCCAAUUCGACACCCCUAGUCCUGGCCCUUCUCUCCCAUAUUUAUAAGUGUCCGGUCGGGGCGGGCGGUGGGCGCGGCGUCCCCGGCGCGUAUCGUAGGCAGUGUACUGUGGCCGUGCCGUCAGCGUGUGCGUGUGCGUGUGUGCCGUGUCGAGGCCGUGUAGAGUGCAUUGUACAGCAUAUUUUCAUGAAUAAAAUUGUUUUAAAUAUU